AUGGAGGAAGCUACUGAAUCUAGUGAUGAGGCGUUAUCAAUGGCAAUGAAGAGUACUAAGAGAACUAAGAUGGAGCAUGGGGUAGCAGGGGACUCAAAUCCAUGGCUGACCGAGGAAGAAGACUUAGAUCUAGAGCCUUUGGACCCAAGCUUGGGUGAAAUUUCAGAGUGGGGGUUUCAGACGAUCUACAGGGAGGAUGGUUCAGUGGAAAUUAGGAGCAAUAAGGAGGCAAAGGCGAGGAUGAGGCAGCGGUGGAGAAAUGCCAUUAUAGUCAAGUUACUGGGAAGGAAAAUCGGAGUGGGCUUCACGAAGAAGAAGCUUGAAUCCCUUUGGGCCAAAGCUGGUAACAUUACGGUGGCAGACUUAGGGAAUGAGUUUUUCUCGGUGAGGUUUAGCUCCUUGGAAGAUCUCAACCUGGCUAUCGCUGGUGGUCCAUGGAUCAUUCUCGGGCACUAUCUUGCCACUAGAAAAUGGGAACCAUGCUUUGAUCCAGACAAAGCAAACAUCCACAAGGUGGCUACAUGGGUUCGCCUCCCUGGAGUUCCUCAAGAGUACUGUGAGUUCCCUUUUCUUAACCAAUUGGGAGCUGUAAUAGGGAAAGUACUGAAAGUGGAUAAAACUACAUCAAUAGGGGACAGGGCUAGGUUUGCUAGGGUGUGUAUUGAAGUGGAUCUGUCUAAGCCACUGAGAGGAGAAUACAUCCUUGAUGGAUGCAGGAAAAGAGAAGAAUACGAAGGAUUAUUUUUAAUAUGUCUUAAGUGUGGGAAAUAUGGGCAUAAUGCUGAUUCUUGCCCUGAUUAUGCUAAGCCGAGCCACACUACCAAAUAG